CCAACAACCAUGCCGGACCACUUCCAACCCGACGACGACACCGACCCAACCAUCUCCUCCCUCCGCCACACCCUAACCACCGAAUCCACCCCGCUCGCCCACCGCUUCCGCGCCCUCUUCUCCCUCAAACACCUCGCCAGCACGCACCCACCGACCGCCCAAACCGCGCCCGCCAUCCGCGCCAUCGCCGCCGCAUUCGCCUCGCCCUCUGCGCUGCUAAAGCACGAACUGGCGUAUUGCCUGGGCCAGAGCAAGAACGUGGCCGCGGUGCCGUAUCUCGAGGCCGUGCUGCGGGAUGUGGACGAGGAUGCGAUGUGUCGGCAUGAGGCGGCGGAGGCGCUGGGUGCGAUUGGGGAUGUGGGGUGUGUGGGCUUGUUGAGGGCGUUUCGCGAUCGGGUGGGCGAGGAGGUUGUUGUGCGGGAGACGUGUGAGAUUGCGGUCGAGCGGAUUGAGUGGGAGGUUGGGAGGGGGGGGAAGGAGGAGGAGGAGGAGAUUAAGACGAGUGACUUUGUGUCCAUUGACCCGGCGCCCCCCCUUGCGCAGACGGCGAGCGUGGAUGUGCCUGCGCUCGAACGCACGCUGCUUGAUACGAAGCUGCCGUUGUUCCAGCGCUACCGUGCCAUGUUUGCGCUGCGCGAUCUGUCCAGUCCGCCCGACUUGCCUACUGCUGUUCCUGCCGUGCAUGCCCUGGCGCGCGGCCUGUCGGACCCGUCUGCGCUGUUCCGCCACGAGAUCGCCUUUGUGUUUGGUCAGCUGUCGCAUCCGGCGUCUAUUCCGAGCCUGAUCGAGACGCUCAGUGAUCUGAAAGAGGAGAGCAUGGUCCGCCAUGAGGCUGCCGAGGCGCUGGGCAGUCUGGGCGAGGAAGACGGGGUGGAGGAGGUGCUGAGGAGGUUCUUGGAUGAUCCCGAGCAGGUCGUUAGGGAGAGUGUGGUCGUGGCCCUGGACAUGGCCGAGUUUGAGAAGAGCGGGGCCUUGGAGUAUUCUACGAUACCGUCGGUUGCGAGUGUACAGCAGGCGGCAUAGAACACAUUGUGGCGAUCUCGCCGGGUAUCGAGAAAAAAAGGAAGCAUUAUUGACGGCGUGGCCAUCUGGUUCAGUUGUUGGUGUUCCAUCUG